AUGGAAAAUGAAGGAAGAAAGUCUCUCAUACCCCAAAACAUGGCUAAUCUUGGCUUUGAACUGAAGAGCUUGAGAUUAUGUCUGAACUGGUAUGGGAUUAAAAGGUUUCUCUUCUUGGAUAAAUUAGAUGGUGAGAGUGAGAGGAUUCAGCAAGGAUAUACGGAGCAGCUCCGGGAGUUUGCUCAAGUUUUUCAAGAGGAAAGCGAUGUUGGUACUAUAUUGAAAGAACAUCUUAGAAUCAGAAGAAACCUUCGCAUCAUAAGCCAUCGGUUUCGGAAGUUUAUAUUGUUCUCUCUUGUUGGGGUCACAGCAAGUCAGUUCAUUUCCCUUCUAACAACCACUAGGUCAAGUGCUUCUAACAACAUCUUCGAGGCCGCAGAGCUUCUGCUAUGCUCCAUUAAUCUGGUGACAGGGCUCUUCAUAUGCCUGCGUAGUGCAACAAAGAUCACGCACAGAGCACAGUCAAUUACAAGCCUUGCUGCAAAGUGGCAUAUUUGUGCCACAAUCAACUCAUAUGAUGAUAUGGAUGGUGACACUCCAACAACUCAGAUUGCACCCAGCCGAGGCUUUCCUGUCAACAUUGAUUGGGUAUUAGAUGACGAGGAAGAAGAUGGAGAUGAUGAUCUGGAUAAUGCAAAAAUGGUGCCGAUUUUUGCACAUACAAUCUCAUUCCAAAAGAGGCAGGCUCUAGGUUAG